AGUAACAAAUUACAUAAAAAUAUACACGAAAAUGUUGCUGUCAAUGGACCGAAAUCACCUUGUGUAAAUUCGCCUUGUUAAACUGUUUAUUUUUCCAAAAAACAACUGUCGAGCAUGCUCAUUGUGAUCUUAAAAAAAAUUGUACAUUUUUUAGGAAAGAGUUGUUUAUCUUAAAAUGGGGAAACGUGAAGACCACAGAGAGCAUAGGCGAGCCAAAAAACCUAAACUUGCCAUCCAGCCUCCGCAAACGCCAAACACUUCAGCUGUGGCGUCUUCUCCAUCUACAACGCCUGUCAUACUAAAGGAAGAAAUUGUAUAUGACACUGAAAUGAUUGAUGUAGUCGAUGUUGUUGACCAUGAACAAGAAGUUUCGAACACUCCUACACCUACCUCUCCUGUCCUUUCUCCACCUAAAACAAGUAGCAGUAGAAACGUCUCAAGCAGCGGUAAGAAAUCUACAUCCAAACAACCAGCCACAACCGUUCCCAGUUGUAAUAGUUCACCAACAGCAUCAACAAGUGCAAACACUAGCGCAAAUGCUACGAAUAAUAAGAAAUCGAAGAAACGACGCGAUAGCAGUACAUCCAGCGAAGAAGAGCGCUGGUUGACAGCAAUUGAGUCCGGCAAAUUGGAGGAAAUGGACGACGAACUGAAAAAAAUGAAAGAUCCCAAGUUGAUGACGGCACGUCAACGAGCCAUGUAUGAACGUAAUACGGACAAAGAGCCCUCACCAGGCGGUGAACUGCUAAUGUCCUUGCCGAAUGGUUAUCGAGAGAAAGAAAAACCACAAACAGCAGAGGAUAUACAGAAGGCACAGCUUAAGUCACAGAAACGGAAACAACUGGCAGAUGAAAAACGUGAAAAAGAUAAGAAGAAAACCAUGGAAAGGUUGCUGAAAAAACAAGAGAGUAAACAGCGCAAUGCAACACGUAACAAAUCAACUAAAGUGACACAACCAAUGGUUACAUACCGCAACACAUUAGACGGUGCAUACAUAUUGUUGCCUGCCGAACAUGAUUUUCCACUGGCAGCACAAGUGGCACGCUCACCACCCAAGGUGCAGCUGUGCGGAAUAGUGGGAUGUGGCAAACCGAAGGUGUAUAAUUGCUCCAAAACAAAUCUGCCGCUAUGUAGUUUCGUUUGUUAUCGCAAGAACGUUCAAAACAUAAGACAAAUAAUGUGUUAGGGGAUUAGGAAUACUUCAAAUUGUAAGAUUUUAUUUUAUAUUUAAUAAAUAAGUUUUGAAUUAAAAAUAA